UAAACGCAUUGUUGACCAUUUGCCCUUCUUCCAAGAUGGCUGCCAAGCGGUUUCUGAAAUCUUCAAUCGACUGGGCUGCCUUUAUAGAAAGGGUUCCAGCUUCUGAAAAAGCUAAAUUUCAGCUAUUUAAAGCUAAAGUUGAUGGCUACGCAAAAAGAGUUAUGAGCAAUCCGGAAAAACCUCCUGCAAUUGAUUUUGAAGCUUAUCGAUCACGACUGCCCAAUCGUGCAAUGGUAGAUGAAUUUGAGAAACAGUAUAAAAGUAUUAAAGUUCCAUUUCCGGCAGACAAUUUAACUGCACAGGUGGAUGAACAGGAGAAAAAACUGGAUGUUUUUCUGCAACAAUACAAGGAACUUGCGGACUUGCAGUGCAAAUAUUACGAAAAAGUGCUAACUUGGUGGAAAGAAAUGAUUCCUUUAGAUCAAAUGACCAUGGAUGAUUAUGUAGACUACUUCCCUGACAGCCCGCAUAAUGUUUAUAAGUAUCCAAGUUUCUGGCCUCAUGACGAACCUCCCAGACCGGUUUUCCCUUAUCCACGCAAGGGAGCAAGUCAUUAAUAAGUUGGAAAUAGCUAUUUGAAUUAAGAAAUUACUUGCUGACUUAUGUAGAAAGUAAAUAAAGAAAUAAAAGAGUUUGUAAUAUAUUA